UAAAUUUUUUGUCUCACUCGCGCUCUGGAAGUGGAAGCGGUCGCCGGGAUCGGCCAUGGAUCUAUGGCAGAAGGCGAAGGUCUUCGCCGAGGAGGCGGCGAAGCGAUCGCAGGAGAUCUCCAAGGAGGCAGCCAAGCGCUCGCAGGAGCUGACCCAGGGCGCCGCGAGGUUCUCGCAGGAGUUCGUCUCCGAGACGGCCAAGAAGUCCAAGGAGAUGGCUGCAGAGGCCGCCAAGAAGGCCGAUCUGAUCCGUUCCGAGGCCCUCCGAGCCGCUGACCAAAUCAAGAGCAUCGCCGUCGACAUCCCCAUCCCGAUUGCAUCCGCAUUGGUGCCGGGAUCCAGCGCGGCUGUUGCUCCCGACCCUGCUUCGGAUCUCGACAGAUUUGGGGUGACCCAGGAGCUGAAGGAGUUCGUUCAGGGGCUACAGAUUAGCACUUUCAGGGAUUUUCCCAUGCAAGAUGAACCAGAACCAGACAUAUCGACCAUCCCCGCAGCAUCAAAUGUAAGGCAAGAUCUUAAUGAAUGGCAAGCAAGACAUGCUACUCUCGUCCUGUCGACAGUGAAGGUGUUUGAAUAUGAAAUAUCAAAGUUCAGAUAUGAGCUAUGUCCGCGCUAUAUGAAAGAGAGAAAGUUCUGGCACAUUUAUUUCUCUCUUGUAGACAGUCAUGUAGCUCCCUAUGAGAAGACGUUUAUGGAGGAGUCAAAGAAGAAAGCAGAUCAAAAACAAUUAGAGAGUGUCAAGGAGAAUCCUGCCACCUUCCCAUCUACAACAGCACAAGCAAAGGAAACAAACCUGCAGAAGACUUCCACCUCAAAGAUGCCCGAGGAUUUGGAUGUGUUUCUAUUGGGUGAUCUUGGAAGCGAUGAGGAGGGUUUCGAUGAUGGCAAUGAUGAUUUGGAUGGCGAGUUCAGUAAGAUUGGCAGCACCUCGGGUUUAGACAGUGAUGCUGAGAAACUUUGACACGGGAUACGGAAAAUUAAACGGAUAGUUCAAACCCCCAUUCAACACCAUCUUUCGCAGUCUCUCUUCCUGUCUGAUUACUUGCUGCAUUUGCUAUAAAUUUUGCCUGAUUCUUUAUCUGUGAAGCUAGUUUUCCAUUGUGUCGUGUAGAAUAACUCGGAGAUUUUAUUGUUCGAUGGUGAUAUUUUUAGUUUGUCUCUCCUUGGUGCGAUAGUAAGCAGACGACUGAUUUUCCAAACAAUGAAGAUUUGAUUAUUACACAGUGCAAAUAAAUGCAUGUAGGGCUUGAAUCAUU